AUGGAUAACUUUAAUUUCGGUGGCUCGCAAUUAUCUAGAAAUGAAAUAGUUCAGCUUCUUUUGCGGGUAUCUAUUGCAUCUGUCAUUACAUUUUAUUCAGUAAAAUGGAUGAUGAAUCAACUCGACCCUACAAGCAAGAACAAAAAAAAGGCUAAAUUGCGGGCCGAAGAGCAAUUGAAAAGGCUUGGGGAUCAAAGUGGGUUUAAAAUGAAUCCAACCCAAUUUAACGACUAUGAGUUAAUGAUUGCUACCCACUUGGUUGUGCCUGCUGAUAUAACAGUAAGCUGGAGUGAUAUUGCUGGACUCGAUGACGUUAUUCAGGAACUGCGUGAGUCAGUGGUAUUACCAGUGAGACAUCGGGAAUUAUUUAAUCAAUCCAAAUUGUGGCAAGCACCAAAAGGUGUUUUGUUACAUGGCCCACCUGGCUGUGGAAAAACACUUAUUGCGAAGGCCACGGCUAAAGAGGCCGGCAUGCGCUUUAUAAACCUAGAUGUGGCUAUAUUGACUGAUAAAUGGUACGGGGAAUCCCAAAAAUUGGCAUCUGCCGUGUUUUCGUUGGCUAUAAAAAUUCAGCCUUGCAUAAUUUUCAUAGAUGAAAUCGAUUCAUUUCUGCGCAGUCGCAACUCAAAUGACCAUGAGGCUACCGCCAUGAUGAAAACACAAUUUAUGAUGCUUUGGGAUGGUCUUAGUACCAAUUCUAAUUCUACAGUUAUUGUUAUGGGCGCUACUAAUCGUCCUAAAGAUUUAGAUAAGGCAAUCAUUCGUCGUAUGCCUGCCCAGUUUCACAUUGGACUACCGACCGAAGUUCAACGUUUACAAAUUUUAAAACUUAUAUUGGAAACAGAAUGCGUGCACAAUGAUGUUGAUUUUAAUCGAUUGGCCAAACUAACAAAUGGAUUUUCUGGCUCUGAUUUGAGAGAAAUGUGUCGAAAUGCUUCUGUUUACCGAAUGCGCUUAUUUAUGCGUACCAAUGAGAAUGAACUAAAUGUGCAAGCGUCACAACCAUCGACUUCUUCUUCGGCCUACGAUGCUAUCGAAUUAAGAAAUCCACUUAUUGCGAUUUCAAUGGAGGAUCUACUUAAAUCGUAUGAUAAAAUGAAAGAAUCAAAGUUACAUACUGGUAAUUUAUUUAUGGAGAAUCGAAUAGAAUUAGAUUAGAAACUAUAAUGUUUACUAAUUUAUAUUUUAAAAGUUAUACACGUGAUUUCAUCAAUUUCAUAUGUACAUGUAUCACAAAAAGUUAUAAAGGUUCCAAAAUCGUUUGUUAAAAAUAAACUUAUCCAAACAAAGCAUUACCAGCUUUAAAAGCUGCUUCACCUUUGUAGAAUUUGUUAAAUAAAUGCAAGUACACAUUAAAAACAAAAA